CUCCUGGACCUGGUCACAAGGUCUCUGGGAUAUGGUUUCCCAAGCUUUCCUCUGCUGUCCCUUUUGUCUGAGCCCUACCAUCUGCUCCUCCUUGAUCCGGGUCUGCUGCUCAGACCCUCAAAUUCAAGCCCUUUGUUUCUCUCUGCGCAUCCCCUCUAGGACCACUGGGACUCAAGCACUCUUGUAUGCCCGCUAAUGCAAUCUAGCCAUUGGGAUGCAGAGCCUGCCCAGUCCUAAAGUCCCCUUUCAGCAAGGCAUCUUGUCUGGGAUCGCCUGUGUCCCUUAACUGCAAGGCUCUGUCCCUGACAGUCUCCCUCGACACCGACCUACCCACGGCCCCCUGUCCUGUGCUGCUUAGUAGUGCCUGGCUGAGCUCUCUCCUUGGGGACCACAGCAUGGCUGAGGGGAGCUACAGCGUGGAACCAGAAGCCCCCAGUGUGGAAGGCAUGAGUGAGGCUCGAGACCCCGUCAGAGAGGAACCGGUGUUCACAGGCAAUGACUAUGAAGAAUUCGGUGCUUUUGGUGGCUACGGCACCCUCACCAGUCUUGACAUCCAUCUCCUCAGAGCCUUUGGCAGCCUGGGCCAAGGCUUUCGCAUCCUGUCGAAUGAGCCCUGGGAACUGGAAAACCCAGUGCUGACCCAGACACUGGUGGAGGCAUUCCAGCUGGAUCCAGAAACCCUUGCCACUGAGGAGGAGAUGCAGGCCCGAGCCGCCAAUAUGGCCCGGGCUGCCGACUCCAACAGAGCAGCCAGGGCAGCCGCAGCUGCUGCCCGUAGGUCCUUCAAUCGCGAGAUGGCCAACCGCCCUGCGACCACACGGCAGGCCCGGGCAGUCGAUGCCCAGCUGACGACACACACUGAGCCUCAGGGAGCCAACCCUGACAUAACACCUGCUGGUCCACAGACCUCCCAGGGUUUGGUCCCCAGUGACUUGGCUGCUGCCCCUGCAGCUCCAGGACCCUCCACACAGCCCCAGACUACCUCCUUGGCCCAGGAGGCUGCUGCCAAGGUCCCAAGGAGUGCCUGUGCUCUCCCUCAGGCUCCCAGUACUGGCAAGAUGGAUGCCACCCAGCCUCAGACAGCCUGCCCGGGGCAGAGUGAUGUCUUUGAUUUCACUCAGCCAGCAGGAGUCAGUGGCAUGGCGUUUCCACGCCCCAAGAGAUCUGCCCCGACCCCAGAGGCCUCCACUGAGGGUCCCAGUGGUGUCUCCGGUGCGCCCCAGGCAGCCCCCUCCUCUGGGGAAGGGGCUGCCAUCCCGCCUAAGACCACCAAGUCUGGGAAGGCUCUGGCCAAGACUCGAUGGGUGGAGCCUCCAAAUGUUGUGGCUGCAGCUGCUGCCAAGGCCAAGACAACGCAGGGCAUCCUUGAGCCUGAGGGGGUGGCUGCCACUGCUGAGCACAGUGCUGAGCCCUGGCCCAGGAUGGGAGGCAAGAGGACAAAGAAGUCCAAGCACCUGGAGGACAAAUACGAGAACAGCGAGGAGGAGGAGAGAGAGCCUCUUGGGGCGCCCCCGGCAUGGAGCUCAUCACAGGUUCCAUUGACAGAUCAGGCUCAGCUGGCCCCUAGGCCCCCUGCAGCCUUGACUUCCCAGAUACCCUCCAGGCAUGUGUUGUCCUUGCCCCCACGCAACGUGUCCCUUCUGCAAGAGAGGGCAAACAAAUUGGUGAAAUACUUGAUGAUUAAGGACUACAAGAAGAUACCCAUCAAGCGCUCAGACAUGCUGAAGGACGUCAUUCGAGAAUACGAUGAGCAUUUCCCUGAAAUCAUUGAACGAGCCACCUACACUCUGGAAAAGAAGUUUGGGAUCCACCUGAAGGAAAUUGACAAGGACGAACACCUGUAUAUUCUUGUCUGCACAAGAGACUCUUCUGCUCACCUUCUGGGGAAGACCAAGGACACUCCCCGGCUGAGUCUCCUCUUGGUGAUUCUGGGUGUCAUCUUCAUGAAUGGCAACUGUGCCAGUGAGGCGGUCCUGUGGGAGGCCCUCCGCAAGAUGGGACUGCGCCCUGGAGUGAGGCACCCGUUCCUUGGCGAUUUGAAGAAGCUGAUCACCGAAGACUUUGUGAAGCAAAAGUACCUGGAGUACAGGAAGAUCCCCAACAGCAGCCCGCCCGAGUAUGAAUUUCUCUGGGGUCUGCGAGCCCGCCACGAGACCAGCAAGAUGAGGGUCCUGAGAUUCAUUGCCCAGUACCAGAACCGAGAUCCCCGGGAAUGGAAGGCGCAUUUCCUGGAGGCCGUGGACGAUGCUUUCAAGACCAUGGAUGUGGAUAUGGCCGAAGAACAUGCCAGGGCCCAGCUGAGGGCCCAGAUGGAUAUCGGAGACGAAGCCCUGGUUGGACGGUGGAGCUGGGAUGACAUCCAGGCAGAGCUGCUGACUUGGGAUGAGGAUGGCGAUUUCGGUGACGCCUGGGCCAGGAUCCCUUUUGCGUUCUGGGCCAGGUAUCACCAGUACAUUCUGAAUAGCAACCAUGCCAACAGGAGAGCCACAUGGAGAGCUGGCGUCAGCAGCGGCACCAACGUCGGGGCGAGCACCAGCAUCCUGGAUGGCCCUAGCACCAGCUCCACCAUCCGGACCAGAAAUGCCGCCAGAGUUGGGGCCAGCUUCUUCUCCUGGAUCCAACAGCGUUGAGGACCUUCAGCAGUGUCCGUGGCCCCUGCAGGCUGCGCCCUCACCCUCCUUCUCGCACCGGAUUCUAGCGCUUCUCCCUGAGGCUUGGAGAAGUCGUGCCUGAGGGAGCGCCCCUUCCCCUCCCUGCUUUUUCUUGUGCUGUUCCUCGUGUGCUCGUGUUUUUGGUAUCAGUGUUGGUAUUAAAAUUGCAAAUUGAA